CAAUAGUAUUCAGUUGAUGUGGCUUUCCAGCAUUGAUAUUAGUCGUGUUCUAACUGCAGACAUGUUUAUAUAUCGGCUUAUGAUCUUCACCUCUGCAGUGGCGAUGUGCUUGGGGCAUCUCAGCUUUACCAACAUUAUAUGCAAUACCACCGAUAACAGUUUUUUGGAAUUUAAUCAGUGCUAUAUAAAGGCGGUGAACCGCACCCACAAGUACAUCAACAUGCAUAUGAAGCUUUUGCAAACCCCCGUGGACAAUGUUAUAAGCAAUUUUAAGGUAAUGCGAAAUGAUAAUGGCUAUAAGCCAUUUGUUCUUGAUAUAACCUACGAUGUGUGUAAGUUUCUGAAAAAUCAACGCAAUCCCAUACUCAAUCACUUCUAUAUGUUGUACAAACAGUAUUCGAAUAUGAAUCAUUCCUGUCCUUAUGAUUGCGUGGGUCAUUUUACAUUUACCAACCUCAAAUGUAAUUCCACUGACCCGGAUUUUUCUCGAUUCGAGCACUGCUUUAUUAAGGCCGUGAAUCGCAGCCACAAAUAUAUUAGCAUUCAUAUUAAACCAUUACAGAAACCUAUAAAUAAUUUGACGGCUAUUUUCAAAAUAAUGCGCAACAAUAAUGGCUAUAAAACAUUUUUGCCGGAAAUUACCUUUGAUGUGUGUUACUUUUUGGAGAAUCAACGCAAUGCCUUUCUGAACACAUUUCUAACAAUUUUAAAAGAAUAUUCCAAUUUGAACCAUACCUGUCCCUAUGAUCACGAUUUAAUUAUUCCCACAUUGUGGACUGACAAGAUCCAACGGACUUUUUCUCAUAUUGUGAUUUUCAUAGAUGGCGACUAUGUGCUAUACACCACUUGGUACCAAAACAAUAAAGAGCGCAUCAGAGUCAAUAUAUAUUUUAAAGUAAGCAUGCUGGCGGCGAACUUGAACGCAUCCGCGCGGCGCAUGCGCAACUCUGCAUCUUUAUCGCUAAGUGAAAAUCUGAACGAACAUGCUGUGCUGUCAUCGGCGGUGCCGCCAAAAUGCCAUAGAUGCCACGGACAAUUGCCGCCACCGCAACCGCCACCGGCACCGCUGCAGCCACCACCAUCAUCCUGUAAUGAAAAACGCAAGUCGUGUAACUAUAAUUGCUAUAAUAACAUAAUAUCAGUGGUCGUCACAGGGCCGCCCAACAAUGCAAUGGCAGCACAGCUCAUGCUGAAAAUGUCGCCAUGA